CGGAAGUUCGCAGCACUUAUUUCGUUUGGAAGAGGAGUUUGAAGAUUUUCAAAGACAGUGGUCAAGCCUAGAGACUGUUGAUUUUGAAGCGCCGGAGUUGUUUUAAACAGUAUAGUUGACGGACUUUAUGGAGUUGGCUUGGGAUAAAGAAGAACAAGAUUUGGAUUCGUUUUUGGAACGGUUUGACUUACCUCAAAUUGUGCAGAUUGCCGAAGGAGUGUAUGAAUCCAGUGAGGAAACGACUCUUAGUCGAGGGCAAGUGCUCAAUCUUCACGCUCUGAAAAAGACCGAAUGUUACCAGGGAGUCACCGAUACAGGGGAAGAGAUAUACAUCCCAUUGAACUCCCCCAACAAAGUCCAUGUUUUUUUUGACAAGCGUUUAGAAAACUGCAAUUCGCCGGAUCAGGCGUGUGCAAUCUUUUCUAAAAAAAAGAAGCACGUCCAAGCCGAGGGGUCAGAUGAAGAACUGGAAGCCUCGCAUUUUGACAUCGAUACAAUGCAGCUCAUCUGUAUUGACAAUCAAGGCUGCGAAGUCACUUUUGAAUUGGCUCAGUUGAACAAACUCAUCGUUAGAGAAGAUUACAAGGAUGUUUUCGUAGCUGAAAUACGUGCUAAAGAAAUUUCGCCUCCAUUCACCGUACAGUUUACAGCACCGCAUAGUUCGUCUGCGUAUCUUCCAAGCGGUUGGAUACAAGUAAAGAAGGUUGUCACGAAGCUGGCGGUCAUCGCAACACCAUAUAACGUUGAGUUCAAGUCGAUUUUAACGUUACCCAGCACGCUUGAGGUGACAGUGUUAGCCCCACGACAAGCAUUGCCAAAUGAAAACCAUCCCGAGUAUCGUAAUUUGCGGGAAACGAUUAACAGGGAGAUGAACUUGAAAAAAGUUGAAGAAAAGAUUGAAAGUUACGACGGGAUAUACGACGAUGUGGAAACGGAAGGCGUGUCGUCCAUUCCAUACGCAACGACGUUUUUUGUCAAACCUGCCGCAGACGAUGGUAGCGGUGGUUUUGAAGAGCAAGCAAGUGAAAAUCAUCCCCGGUAUAGUAAUUUACGGGAGAAUGUUAACAAAAAGAUGAACUUGAAAAGAGUUGAAGAAAAGAUUGAAAGUUCUGACGAGAUAUACGACGAUGUGGAAACGACAGGCGUGUCGUCCAUUCCAUAUUCGUCGACGUUUUUUGUCACACCUGCCGCAGACGAUGGUAGCGGUGGUUUUGAAGAUCAGGCAAGCUCAAAAGCAAUGCCUAAGGAACGUCCAGCAACUCCACCGAAAAGCACUGGCGGUUUGAAACAAAGAGUUGGCCGAUUGUUCAGCCGAAUAUUUAGAAGGAAAAAAAACACUAUCUCAGAUAGCGAAACUGGACAGGAAGAGGAUGUUUCGCCAAGGGUAUACUACGAGACGCUCUAUGCUCCGCGACAGCUUCUAUGGGACCGCAAAACAGAUGACUUGAAUGUGAAAGAGGUCAGGUUGUUCCUGAACUACCUUAACCUGGGCCAGUAUGGAGAGCUUUUUGAGCGAGAGCAGGUGGAUGGGAAAUUGCUGAAGAGUUUAACUAAAGAAUUGCUUCAAACCCACUUCAAAAUGAUCGAAUCCCAUGCACGUGAUUUGGAAAGAGCUGCACGUCAAAAUUGGCGGCCUGCUAUCCAAAAUUGAAAAGGAAAACGGUGGCUAUUCCUAAGGCGACCGGUUUUUUAUUUUCUCAGAUGGAACUAAACUAUAAAAAUUUCUACCAACCUGUGUAAUUAUAUAUAAUCAUUAUAUAUGUCGUAAUUUUAUAUAAUUAAUGAUAUAAUAAUUAUUAUACAUUAUAUAUAAUAAGAUAUAAGAAGGAUCCAUUCUUAGAUAUGUCGUAAUUAUAUAUAAUUAUUAUAUACGUCGUAAUUAUAUAUAAUUGAUAAUAUAAUAAUUAUUAUACAUUAUAUAUAAUAAGAUAUAAAAAGGACCCAUUCUUAUAUGUGUCGUAAUUACAUACAAUCGAUUUAAAGAAGGAAUUCGUGCUCAAAAUUUGCAACUGCAUGAAUGAAGCUUUUUGUAAUACAUGAUUUAUUAUGCUUAUUGUACUAUAACGUAUAUAUGAAUAAUUAUACUGAUUAAUGGGGUUAGUGGGAGUUAAUAAUAUUUAUAGUAUAUUAUAUUGAUUCAAGUAAUUAUUUAGUAGACGACCCUCGUAAAAAUCAGCUUUCAUAACUUGAUGAGGGGGCUAUAAUAUAGCGUGUAACUUUUAAAUAAAGAUUUACUAUAUAUUAAUAAAAAUACUAUCUUAUUGUAGCAGUCGUAUAGCUGUGCUUUAUAUAUAAAUACUAAUGAAAUUUGUUUUGAUUACACUUGUU